AUGGAUGAUCUGUUGGGCCUCGAUUUGUCGGGAUCGGCCAACCAGGCCCAGCCUGGUUCCAAGACGACAACCCCUAUGCCCAUGAGCCAGAAUAGCUUCUACCCAACGCUGCAGCCGACACCUUCGCCCCAAGUAUCUGGCCGCAACACCCCGCUCUCCGCCCAGGGCUCUGGUUUCAAUGCCUCGAGAACCGCAUCGACCAAACCUGUGACCGACCCGUUCAGCAAUCUUGGUAGCUUUGGUGGGGCCAAGGGCAAUGCGAACCUCAGUCUACGCGAGCGGCAGGAGCAGCUGGAGGCCGAGAAGAGGAGGAAAUCAGAGGAGCAGAAGAGACAGAUGCAAGCUCAGUAUGGAGGCGGUCAGUUCUGGGACAAUCUUGGUUCGGCCAGCGCAUCGCGAACGGCCUCGCCCGCGGUCCCCUCAGUCGGCAGUGGAAUAGGGGCUCAGAACGGACAACAGCAGCAACAAAAACAACAACGAGACGACGAUGAUCUAUUUGCUGCUUUCAACAAGAAUACAAAGGUUGACAACUCGAGUCACUAUCCGCCGCCAAUACAGCCAUCAUCUGGCAAGAGCACCCCGGCAAAUGCAGCAAAACUGGAUCUAGGUAGUGCAAGCGCUUGGAACGUUCCAACUACGUCCAGCAGCGGCGACUUUGGAGAUGACGAUGAUCCUUUCGGACUCAACACGUUCAAAGCUAAAACCUCUCAGCAACCAACACCGGUUCGGGAACAAGCUGAUGACGAUGACUUCUUGGGCGACCUUGGAAGGCCGGUAGAGGAAGUACGACGAAAGACACAAGUCACACAACGAACAGCGGAGCCCGGAAAGCCCAUCGAAGACUCCGAGUCUGAUUCUGAGCCAGAAGCACCCCAGAGAUCAACUGCUGACGAUCCCUUCGAUAAGGCAGUUGCGGAGUUGGUUGACAUGGGAUUUACCCCCGAAAACGCUAGGCGUGGUCUGACGGAAAGUGGCGGUGGUCUUAACAUCCAAGCUGCUGUCGGAUGGCUUUUGGAUGAUGCACAUAAGACAGCAAGAAAAGAAAAGCAGUCAUCUAGAGAUUCUCCUGCUGAUCGGGCAAGGAACCGCGAGGACGCCGUUGCGGGAGGCGACUUGUCCCAAAAGGCGGCGGCAGUGGGUACAAGCUUCUUCAAGACUGCAAACUCUCUGUGGAAACAAGGCCAAAAGCAAGUGCAGAAGGCAGUGGCGGACUUCAACCAGGAAGAUGGCGACCCAAGUCAGCCCAAAUGGAUGCGGUCUGCCCAGCAGGAGAGGCCGCAUCCCCGAGAAAAGCAAGCAGUAUCGGCAACAGACGAAGCCAUGAUGCUUGACGCUGGUAGACGUCCAGAAAAGCCAUCUCCUCGGCCAUCAAGAGAACCACAGCAGUCCGGGUCCUUCAGGGAUGCACAUUCUCGCGAUCGUCCGCAAGAUCUGCCCACAAGACCUGCAGCGCAAGCAUCUUCAGUGCCCAGAUGGCAGCAGUCCCAGCCUGGGGCUGAUCCCAAGGCUCGUCUAAAUAAACAGUUGGUAGAGGAGCAAAGUGCACAAGCAUAUGUCAGCCCGGCAAGGAGGAAGAAGGCAACACCACAACCACAAGCAGCCUCCACUGAGCCGGAAGUGGACUUGUUUAGCACCACUGCUCCGGUUGCAUCUAAGCCUCAGCCUCAACGGUCGAGCCAACCGUCUUCCGCUGCCACGAACCAAUUUAGUCAACCAGCCUCCCGAGCAAUUACGCCCAGACCUGCGGCACCAACCAGACAAAUCCCCAGUCUUGCCCCGGCAGUUUUGCAAGCAUCUACAAAACAUCGGCUCGAUGGCACCGCUCAUUUCAAGCGUGGUGACUAUGAUGCUGCACAUACCGCGUAUUCCAACUCGUUGAAUGGCAUCCCGCAGACGCAUCCGCUUUGCAUCGUGCUUCUCACGAACCGGUCUCUUACUUCGCUGAAGACUGGUAGCCCCAAACAGGCUGUAGAUGAUGCGGAUGCGGCCAUCAAGAUCAUUGGUCCAUCUCGCGGUGAAGGUGAGAAGGUUGCUCUUGGUGACGGAGAGCAUCGUGACAUGAAAGAUCUCUACGGCAAGGCUCUGAGCCGAAAGGCAGAAGCCCUGGAGCAAAUGGAAAAAUGGGCAGACGCUGGCAGUGUAUGGCAACAAUGCGUAGAAGCAGGUGUCAGUGGUGCGACUGCUAUUGCUGGGCGCCAAAGAUGUCAAAAGGCUCUCGCUCCCAAGCCAAAGCCUGUCCAAGCCGUGAAACCCCGGCCGAAGCCCUCUGCCAGUAUGGCGCCCCAGAAGGACUCUGAGAGGGUCCAGAGGUUGAGAGAAGCCAACAAGGCUGCCGAGGCGGCAGAGGACGAGAAAUUCGCCCUUAGUGAAAAAGUUGAUGCCCGCAUCUCAGCUUGGCGAGAUGGAAAGAGAGACAACCUGCGUGCCUUGAUAGGCAGCUUAGAUCAAGUCCUCUGGGAGAAUAGCGGAUGGAAGAAAGUUGGGCUUCAUGAAUUGGUCAUGGCGAAUCGUGUCAAGAUACACUACAUGAAGGCCAUCGCAAAGACACAUCCCGAUAAGUUGCCUCAGGAUGCCAGCACAGAGGUCAAGUUAAUUGCUGCCACGGUUUUCGCAACGCUUAAUGAGAGCUGGGAUAAGUUCAAAGCCGAGAACGGGCUUUGA